AGCCUCCCACGUGCGGUCCCCGGUGAAGGCGGCCGGUGGUGCCCAGGGCGGGCCCCGCUGAGCCUUUCGCCGCAGGAGCCAGCGGCAGUGCCCGGCGUGGCGGCGGGUCCCGCCCGGCGGCCGCGAUCCGGUGCCCCAUGGUGGUGCUGCGGAAGCUGCCGGGCAUGCCGGGCUGGCCGGCGGCGCUGGGGCUGCGGCUGCCGCAGAAGUUCCUGUUCCUGCUCUUCCUCUCGGGCCUGCUCACGCUCUGCUUCGGGGCCCUCUUCCUCCUGCCCGAUUCCUCCCGUUUCAAGCGCCUCUUCCUACCCCGCCGGGCCACCGCCUCCGCCUCCUCUUCAUCCUCCGCCUCCUCGUCCUCAGCCUCCUCCUCCUCCACCCGCGACACCGACCUGCCCCGCAGCCCCCCCGCCGCCGCCGAGCCCCGCCACGCCAGCCCCGCCGCCCCGCGCCGCCUGCGGGAGAAGCUCCGCACGGGCGCCCGCAUGGCCGGGCCGGCGGCCCGCACCGCGCCCGGCUCCCGGCAGCAGGUGCAGGGCUCCGAGAGCCGAGCCCAGCCCGCCAGCGGCCCGCCCCCGGCCCGGCAGACGCGGGCCCCGUUCCGCUUCGACUACGAGCGGUUCCGCCGGAGCCUCCGGCACCCGGUGCGGGGCGGGCGGCCCGGAGAGGACCCCGAGACCCGCGGCCGCAGGAUGAAGAUCAAAGAGAUGAUGAAGUUUGCCUGGGAUAACUACAAGCAGUACGCCCUGGGGAAGAACGAGCUGCGCCCGCUGACGAAGAACGGCCACAUCGGGAACAUGUUCGGAGGCCUUCGAGGAGCAACUGUGAUAGAUGCCUUAGAUACCCUCUACAUCAUGGAACUCGAGGAGGAAUUCCAAGAAGCCAAGCAGUGGGUGGAGAAGAGCUUUGACUUGAAUGUGAAUGGAGAAGCUUCGCUGUUCGAGGUGAACAUCCGCUACAUCGGAGGGCUCCUGGCCACCUACUACCUGACAGGAGAGGAGGUGUUCAAGAGCAAAGCUCUGGAACUUGGGGAGAAACUUCUGCCAGCCUUUAACACCCCCACUGGAAUCCCACGUGGAGUCAUCAACCUGGGCAGUGGCAUGAGUUGGAGCUGGGGCUGGGCAUCUGCUGGAAGCAGCAUCUUGGCAGAAUUUGGGACCUUGCACCUGGAAUUCCUGCACCUCUCCCAGCUCUCUGGCAACCCAGUGUUUGCAGAAAAGGUGAUGAACAUCCGCAGGGUGCUCAGCAGAGUGGAGAAGCCGCAGGGCCUUUACCCCAACUUCCUGAGCCCGGUGACGGGGAGCUGGGUGCAGCACCACGUCUCCAUCGGGGGGCUCGGGGACAGCUUUUAUGAAUAUCUCAUCAAAUCCUGGCUGAUGUCAGACAAGAAAGACUCUGAAGCUAAAAAGAUGUACGACGAUGCCUUGGAGGCAAUAGAAAAACAUUUGGUGAAGAAAUCUGCAGGAGGCUUGACCUACAUUGCUGAGUGGAGGGGUGGCAUCCUGGACCACAAGAUGGGCCACUUGGCCUGCUUCUCUGGGGGCAUGAUUGCCCUGGGGGCCGAGCACGCUGCAGAGGAGAGGAGGCAGAGGCACAUGGAGCUGGCAGCAGAGAUCACCAGCACCUGCCACGAGUCCUACACACGCUCAGGCAUCUCUGCAGCUCCUGGGAGGCUGCAGUCAGCUGAGGCAGCUCUCCAGGACCUUGUCAGGCCCAGACACCAAGCUGGGCCCCGAGGCGUUCCGCUUCGACGCGGGGAGCGAGGCCAUGGCCACGCGGCUCAGCGAGCGCUACUACAUCCUGCGGCCCGAGGUGGUGGAGAGCUACAUGUACCUCUGGAGGCUCACCCACGACCCCAAGUACAGGCACUGGGGCUGGGAGGUGGUGCAGGCCCUGGAGAAGCACUGCAGGGUGGAAGCUGGCUUCUCUGGCAUCCGAGACGUUUACACCACCACGCCCAGCCACGACAACAUGCAGCAGAGCUUCUUCCUCGCAGAGACUCUGAAGUACCUCUAUCUUCUGUUCUGUGAAGAUGAUGUGCUGUCCCUGGAGGACUGGGUGUUCAACACCGAGGCUCAUCCCCUGCCCAUCAACCACACGGACUUUAAAGCAGCAGCACAGCCCUGAGGCCCCUGCCCAGCCCCUGCUCCCCCAGCCUGGGCAGACUCUGCUUUUCCUUUCCAUUGAAGGAAUUCCUCUUGUUCCUGAAAUGGUAUUUGGGGGCACUAGUCCAAUUCCGGACAGUAUUUUCUUGGGAAGAUGAACCAUGACUAAGCACCUUCUUUUCCUCUGUGAGGAGCUCUACUAGGCUGAUGAUGAGAUGUUUAUUCUGGGCCAUACUGUACACAGUUCAUAGACAUUCCUUUAUACAGAGAAUUUAUAUGAAAUCCACUGAUUUUGCUUUAUAGUGGCCAAAGGACUGGAAGUUUGCCAUAAAAUAGACUUUACACACACACACACACACACACACUCAUCCUCCUUUCCUUUCUCUGUUUCAUUUCUGCCUUUUCUCUGCUCUUGGAUUUAUCACCUUCCCAGUGACCAGUUCUCAGCAUUCUGGGCUUUGGGGGCUCUUCAGGAGGGACAGGGGAACGAGGAAGGGCUUUUGUCCUUGGUGUGGGAGAGCAGCUGGAAUUCCUGGGGAUGGCUGAGGAGCCAGCUGAGAGCUCAGCAGUGAAGAGAGGACAGGGAAAGGUGAUGUUUUACUGGGAAAAUUUAGAGGAUUAAACCCUCCACAAACAGGAGCAGCCUCAGGUUGGAAUUUGCAGAUUUCAGGCCCUGCUCCUCCUGGGGGAUUUGAACCACUCUGGUCCCUGCUGGAGGGGUAACUCAGCAGGACAGGAGCAAUCCAGGAGCUCCUGGGGUGGAUUGGUGAUAAAUUCCUCCUCCAAGGGACACAGGAGACAACAGAGGGGCUCUGCUGGCCCCAAAAUGAAGAUCCAAGGCAGGUCUGGCUGCGGUGGCCAUGGAUGGUGAGUUCAGGAUCCUCAAAAUUGUAACUAAACCAAAACUUGGCUGCAAAAUCCUUGCUCCUGAUGUAUUUUUAUAUACUUUUUUUUCUGUGCUCUUAAAACACAUUUACCACCCAUCACAUCUCAUUUAACUUUCCUUUAUCAUUUUUUUUCUCGUGUUUUUCUACUUUUAUUUGGAACUAAAUGUUACGAGUCACUUGUAAUAAUUUUACUGCUGUAAUAGUCAGAUCUGUGAAACAGAAUAAAAGUCUUGUAAAAUAAAAAGCCUGUUGGGGUUGAUCCUGUAAAAGACCGGUUACUCCAUGCUUGGAAUGAGACAAUACUGGUGGAUUUAAAGAGUUUUGUGCAGUGGAAGUUGAUUUCUAGGGGAAUCUAGGCAGUGUUUGACAGCAAAUCCCAGCUCUCUUAAACUGCUGGAUCUGGGAUCAGCAUUCCCUGUGAUCACUGCAAAGUUUUGUGGCCCUGGGGGAUGGAACAUUUUUGUUCAUUCUUGUGACAUCCUCGUGACAAUUGGUUCAUUCAGCAGCUUGGGGGAAAAUAAAGU